UUGCACAGCUGUAUUUGGCAGUUUGCUUGGUCCGAUCAUAAAGUGCACUCCCGAUCAAUAGAUUAAUUUUUGGUUUAAAAUUAUAAAAAAAUAUACCUUUGUGCAUAGAGUAAUACGUACUGGUAGGAUGACUGAUACAUGUGCUAAGAAACGUAGCAUUUCAGAAGAAUGUGAAGAUCAGGAGCCGAAGGAAACCGUAGAGGACAACGCCAAUGAUGAUGAUGGUUGGAUUGGUCCUAUGCCAGAGGAGCAGUCCGCAGCAUCAAAACCCAAAAAGCGGAAGGUGUUACCAUAUGAAAAAGUAUAUUUAGAGAAUCUGCCAAACGCCGAAAGCUACGAAAAAAGUUAUAUGCACCGCGAUAUAAUAACACAUGUAGUAAGCACAAAGACGGAAUUUAUUGUGACAGGAAGUUGUGAUGGGCAUUUAAAAUUUUGGAAAAAAAUGGAAGAGGGCAUCGAAUUCGUAAAGCAUUUUCGAAGUCACUUAAUGUCAAUUCACUCUUUAACCACCAACACGAGUGGUACGCUUCUCUGCUCGGCCUCCGCAGACAAAUGCGCUAAAAUUUUCGAUGUGGUCAACUUUGAUAUGAUAAACAUUAUUAAACUAGGGUUUACUCCACUUUGUACAGAAUGGAUUCACUCGCCUGGCGAUGCUGUUCAUAGUUUGGCAGUCGCCGACAAACACAGUAAUAAUAUUUUUAUAUAUGAUGGUCAAGGCAAUGGGGAUGUUCUACACACUUUGGGAAAACUACAUUCCGCGCCAGUAGUAGCAAUGUGUUAUAAUUUGUCGUUUGAAACUGUUAUUUCAGUGGAUAAAAACGGCAUACUAGAGUAUUGGCAAAACUCUAAACAUGACUACAAAUUUCCGCAAAAACUCGUAACGUUCGAUUCAAAAUUGGACACAAGUUUAUUCGAUAUUGCGAAAAACAAAGCUCUGGUCACUGGUCUUGCCGUAUCACCUGAUGGUCGACGAUUCGCAGUUAUAUCAAAUGAUCGAAAAGUAAGGUUAUUCCAAUUUAGCACUGGCAAAUUGAUACGUGUCUUUGAUGAAGCUCUGACUACAUAUACACAAAUGCAGCAAACUCCACAUGCAUUGCCGAAUAUGGAAUUUGGCCGAAGAAUGGCUGUAGAACGUGAUUUGGAUAAGUCGGAAUUCAACACAAGCAAUAAUAUACUCUUUGACACUAGUGGACAUUUCAUAAUGUAUCCAACCAUGCUAGGUAUUAAAGUAAUUAACAUUGAGACAAAUAGAUGUGUGUCAAUACUGGGUAAAACGGACAAUAUACGGCCACUAAAUAUAGCGCUAUUUCAGGGUAAGGCGAGGAAAUCAAAGGCAGCUAUUACAUUAGAACAAGAGGCUAGCGACAAUCCUACCUUGCAAUCCAUAGCCAAUGACCCCACAAUAUUUUGCGCUGCAUACAAGAAACCGCGUUUCUAUCUAUAUAGUCGACGUUUACCCUCCGACUUACAAGAUGUGGAUCGAGAUGUAUUCAAUGAAAAACCAUCAAAAGAAGACAUAAUAGCCGUGCCAGAAGGCCAAGGUACACAACGGGUAUACGAAAAUGCCAUUUUGCACACGACAAUGGGCGACAUACAUAUGAAACUCUUCUACAAAGAAUGUCCCAAGACUGUAGAGAAUUUUUGCGUUCAUUCAAAAAAUGGUUACUAUAAUGGUCACAUCUUUCAUCGAGUUAUAAAAGGUUUUAUGGUACAAACUGGUGAUCCUACGGGCACCGGCACAGGUGGUAAAUCGAUUUGGGGGCACGAUUUUAAAGAUGAAUUUGUGCCUAGUUUAAAACACGAUCGUCCUUACACCGUGAGCAUGGCCAACGCUGGGCCCAACACCAAUGGUAGCCAGUUUUUCAUAACAGUGUUACCGACCCCUUGGCUGGAUAAUAAACAUACAGUGUUUGGACGUGUAUUUCGCGGUAUGGAAGUUGUACAAAAUAUUUGCAAUGCAAAAGCAAAUCCUAAAACUGAUAAACCUUAUGACGAUAUAAAGAUUAUAUCUAUUCGGCUAAGCAAUUAACAUUAUAGAUAAUUCAAUUUUAAGAUAUUUUUACAAAAUACAUUUUAAAGAAAUAAAAUUUUGCCGUUUAAAUAACACAAAAUAAAAGAAGAAAUCUAUUGAACUUCCGGCAUAGGUACAUUAAACUUUUUUACUUACCACUCAAGGCUUAUGGAAAUAUAAACUAACGAAAUUUAUUAG